UGGAGCCUCCUUCAAUAUUUCACCAGGCGAACCUGUUCUUCUGGAUCGCCGAGAACUGGAGCACCAUGUGAUUCCAUAUUCGGUGGUGAAAGACAGUGGCUCCAAAGGCAACAAAGCAGAAUGAAUGAAAUACAAUCCUGGGAAGAGCCUGGAAUUAGAAUAUCAAAAAGAAAAUGAAAAAGGAGUAACAAUGCAUUCAGAGAAUGCUCUGGAAUACAUAGUGUCUGAGAGCCCGUGAUGCAAGCGAAUACUGGCUGCUGAUCCUUCUUCUUCACAGAAAACCCGAAGUACUCAGAGGGCAGCCCCAGGUCCACCUGUGUGCUUGAAUGCUACCUGUUCCUCACUGCUCUUGCCAUCACUCUGUGCGUUAAGAGAGAUACAUUUUACACCUCUGACGUAGCUGCUUCAACAAGAGCAGCCUCUUUCAAUCCACUCUACAAAUUGUUUGUAAGGAGUAAGGAGAUCCAGUUUCCCAAUGGAUUUCGCCAGUAUCAAAGUGAGGAGCCUAUUAUUAUAUCUAUGAUUGGGGUGGUCCGAAGAGAAAUCCCUCUAGGAGUUUCAGCUGAAAUUUUUCCGAUCGUCCUGUCCGCGAACGGCAUGUCUAAUUCCCAGGAGCAGAGCUUGAACGAGGACGCGGAGUUCCUCCCGAUCACGGAGUCCAGUCCGGAGUUCCAUUACAGCGAGCCGGAGCGCCGGGCGCUGGAGUCGCUACUGAGCGCCGGGCCGGGAGCCUUCCACACGAAGCUCAGCCUGGAGAGGCUCGGCCCGUUCCUCUCCCCAGAGGAGGUGGCCCAGAUCGACGGCUGGGCCCAGGACUACAGGCACAGUGAGGUGCAGCUGGAGAACGAGGGGGGCGAGGGGGGCGAGGACUUGGCCUGGCGGGAGUUCUCCGUCAGUUACUGGCCUCAGCACACAGACGUCCCGGCUCCCAGCCUAGAGAUGGGCUGGCCGGAAAACGGGAGCUGGAAAGGGAUCGCCCGGGCGACAGUCUACACGAGCCCACCCACUCAGGGAGCACCGCAAAUCCGAGAGGUGGUGAGGAAGCUGAUCCAAGGAGCCAGCAAGGUGGUCGCGGUGGUGACGGACAAACUGACAGACAAUGUCGUGAUCGCCGACCUGCUGGGCGCGGCGGAUCGCGGCACUCCGGUGUACAUCAUCCUGAACCGGAGAGGAGCACUGGGGCACUGCACGCUUAGCAGGCUAAAACACCAGAACAUGAGGGUGCGCGUCUUGGGAGGCAACACAUUCUGCUCGCGGGAUGGGAAGGUGGUCACAGGGGAACUGAAAGACAACUUCAUCUUGGUGGAUUUGGAGACGGUAGUCCUAGGAAGUUACAGUCUGACAUGGACAGACGCACAUCUACACCGACAGCUGGUGACAGUGUUGAAUGGAGAGGUGGUGGAGUCGUUUGACAAUGAGUUCAGGACAUUGUACGCAUCAUCACUGCCCUUGGCCAGUGACUGGGAGAUUGGCGAACAACCAUACAAACCUGAAGGCCCUUUCCCAUACCCUGAAUACAAAGCCUUUGAUCAUGCCACACUUCUGGGACUGGACAACCUAAGUCACCUCAGUACCCCUCCGUGUUCAGACUGUCCGCUUAACUGGGAGGAGCUUGGAGUGAAAUCUUUGAAGGAGGAUGGAUUUCUCCCAGAUGGAUACCCAAUCAUCCAGCAGGAAUCUCAGAAGGAAAGCGAGUGGGAAGGGUUGCAUGUUCACAUCCCUCCGUCUUUCGAAAGACGGGCUCCUGUAGGGGAAGAGCUUUCUUCCAGUAAAGAAGGGCAGGAUUUAAGAUUCUCCUCAGAGCUGGAUAAAAGCAAGAAACCUGAUCUUCAGAACAAAGACCUCCAGGCAGCACCAAUGAAACAUGAUCCUAAGGAGUCAGAUGUCAAGAAUGCACAAAUGAAAACUGGUCCCCAGAAUUCUGAAAUCCAGAAAGCAAUAGAUGCAUGUCUCCAUUCUCAGACUGAAGCACAGAGUAGCAGCCCCCCAAAAUACAGGAGACACAAUCCAUGGGACUCCAAUCUUCAAAGCACACAAAGUACACGUCUCCGAUCUCAAACAGAAACGCCCACCUGGAGCAGCAGUUACUCAGCGCAACGCGGCAAGCCCAAGGAUGAGCCGCUUGCAAACGCCCACGUCUUCAACCCAUCUGAAGGGCAAAGUGGCGAGUCGCCCAAUCACAGCACAGAGGUCUCUGCAAGGGAGGACUUCAGAGCCAGAUCCUCCAGUCACAGUGAAGAGGAAGUCCCGGGUCUCAGGCAGUUCUCCUCCAGGCUCAGAAGAAACACACUGGUGGGAACAGCCCUAAAUGUUGAACUGGCAGAGACAGAGCAGACUCUUGGGCCUGACGAAUCAAAGAAAUCUCAGCCCUCCCACACUGGAGCCUCCAGUUCUCUCAGCGACAUCCUCAAGGGACUGCAGGCACGGCGCAGUUCCCUGGCCCAGCCUGUGAGGGGAGCUCGCACUGCUGUGCCUGGGGCCAGCAAGUCCAUGUGGGACCUGAGCCAGUUCUCUGAGGAUGGUUUGGAGAAGACCACUAGCUUUAGGCUGUCACAAGCCAAGCGUGAUGACCCCUACCACCUGAAGGUGACCCCAGCGCUGGCCAUAAUGAGACAGCGGGGUGAUGACACCAAGAACGGGAUUCUCAGCUCCUUGCCCAAAUCUCGGACUCCCAACCUGCCUUCCUUCAGGCACAGGAGCACAAGCUUCAGUUUCAUGCAGGGCUGGAAGAAAGUCCAGACGGACCAGGAAAAUGUCAAAUGAGGAGGCAGACAGAUCUUCUGAGCUACAGGAAGAAAUCAACUCACAACCCUGGGUCUGUACAGGGGCAACCCAUUCUUGAUGGGGUUUUGACCAUGAAGUACAGUACCUCAAACUGUCCAAGCACAUUUUUCUGACAGAGUCUGUGCUUCUGGCAGAGUCAAAUAGUUUAUUAGACUAAAUUGUAAUUAAGCCUUUGCCACCAUACUGUAUAUUUGGUUCAGUUUGUUAUUUGAGGUCACAAAUGGGCUGUGUGGGACUCUUUAUUAAAUUUACACUCCAUCACAGAAUCCAAAUGAAAUAAUCUGCAGGGGAAUUCAUUAUGCAAUCCAGAGCAUGUAACGGACCGCUCCAAUCAAUUUUUGGGUGGUUUUGGGAAUUUCACCUUUUGUUUGUGGAAACAAAACCCAAAAGCAAAAAUAAAAAGGCUUGUCUCCAAGCUAUACAUUAGAUUACAAUGAUAUGUUCUUUCUUACAACAGUCCUUGGCUCACAAUUCGAUCAAAUAAAUGAUUAUUGAAUGGGCCAGACAAGCAGUAUUGACCAUGAAUGUGGCCAGUAAGCAAAGUUAACAAAGGAGCGCAUUGAUGUCUGUUCAUAAUUAUUUCUUUGCUUACAAAUUCCAAAACACAUUUAACCAUUCUAUGUGAUUUUCAAGCCAUUAUUGCCUGGAUAUGUAUUGUAUAUCUAUAUACUGAUGUGUUAUAGCUUCAUAAUAAAGAAA